GCACUGGCCCGGGCGCGGUUCGCAUCUCGAUGCAGGCUCCCAUGCAGACAGCUUUGCAGUGUCACUCGGCCGCUUUGCAUGGCUCGUGAUGCCGCCCUUCCGACACGGCAGGAAUCUUUCCGGCCACAGCUGGGAGGUCGUUGGGCCUUGCGCUGCUGCUCCGGUGACGCGGGUGCUCCAUCGACAGAGGAAAGAAUAGCAAAGUUGGAGACAGAGGUCCAAUCGCUGAAGCAAAAGCUUGGAGAAGUAGAGAAGAUGGCCAAAAGGAAAGGCUUUAUGGCAGCAAUGAUGGAGUACGGCGCACCUUUUGCUCUGUGGUAUGCCUUCUGCUGGUCGGGCACCUUGCUGGGUCUGUACCUCCUAUUGGAAUGGGAGGUCGUAUCCUGGCAGAAAUCCUUGCGGCCCUUCUUCGAGAGCUUGGGCCUGGAUUGGUAUACUGAGAGAAUCGAUUCGAGCACAGGGAAUCUGGUCAUCGCAUUCAUGGUGAAUGAGCUGCUUGAAGCGGUUCGAUUUCCGCUGGUGUUGGCCACUAGUGGCACCAUCAUUCGUUGGUCAGCCCGCUUUCGUGCGACUGCCGCCAAACCGUGA